UGGUGACGCUAUGCCGAGGCUCCGCCCCCCGCGUUGGAGCCGAGACAGUCAGGCUGCUGAAGCUCGGGCCAAUCAGAGGGGAGGCUCCAGGAUGGCAUGAAAAGGAAUUUGGUGCGUGCUCACAAGUUUGCUGAACCAAGCCCUCUCCUGGGCAUCAGGAUCCCAGAGAUGUCCAAAGCUCAACACUCUGCUCUGGCCAAGAGAGACAAAACAAAGGUGAUGGAACGCAGCCGAGAGGUGUGACAAGAUGUACCAGGUCCCACUGCCACUGGACCGGGAUGGGACCCUGGUCCGGCUCCGCUUCACCCUGGUGGCCCUGGUCACGGUCUGCUGUCCACUUGUCGCCUUCCUCUUCUGCAUCCUCUGGUCCCUGCUCUUCCACUUCAAGGAGACUACGGCCACACACUGUGGGGAUGUUCUCUGCGGCCUCACAGCCCUUGGACCCGGAUGGACCUGUGUUCCGGCUCCGCUUCACGGCCAUGAUCUGGUGGGUCAUCACUUUCCCCAUGUUCGGCUUCUUCUUCUGCAUCAUCUGGUCCCUGGUGUUCCACUUUGAGUACACGGUGGCCACUGACUGUGGGGUGCCCAAUUACCUGCCUUCGGUGAGCUCGGCCAUCGGUGGGGAGGUGCCCCAGCGCUACGUGUGGCGCUUCUGCAUCGGCCUGCACUCGGCGCCCCGCUUCUUGGUGGCCUUCGCCUACUGGAACCACUACCUCAGCUGCGCAUCCCCGUGUCCUGGCUACCGCCCACUUUGCCGCCUCAACUUCGGCCUCAACGUCGUGGAGAACCUUGCGCUGCUAGUGCUCACCUACGUCUCCUCUUCCGAGGACUUCACCAUCCACGAAAAUGCUUUCAUCGUGUUCAUUGCCUCAUCCCUCGGUCACAUGCUCCUCACCUGUAUUCUCUGGAGGCUGACCAAGAAGCACACAGUAAGUCAGGAGGACCGCAAGUCCUACAACUGGAAACAGCGGCUUUUCAUCAUCAACUUCAUCUCCUUCUUCACGGCGCUGGCUGUCUACUUUCGGCACAACAUGUAUUGUGAGGCUGGAGUGUACACCAUUUUUGCCAUCCUGGAGUAUACUGUUGUCCUAACCAACAUGGCAUUCCACAUGACGGCCUGGUGGGACUUCGGGAACAAGGAACUGCUCAUUACCUCCCAGCCUGAGGAAAAGCGAUUCUAAACCGUUUCUCUCCUGCUAGGAAAGAGGCAGUCCACUGCCCAGAAACUAGAAACAAGAAACUACUCUGGCCUUCCCCACCCCGUGUCCUCUGUGGGUCCUGCUGAAGCUGGGGGAGGGGCGGGAAGAAAGGAGGAAGGCACAGGACAGGGCUUCGGACAGCCCUGCUCCUUUCCCUCACCCCAAUUGAAGGCACAGGAACCUUCAAGCAGCAGCGUCACCCUUAUCUGAGAAGCCCCAAGAAGCUGAGCUGGCAGGAGAGCUCCACCAUCUGGUGCUAAAAAAAGUCCUGAGGUUCAUAACCACCAUCGGUUCUUGGUCUUUACAUAGCCACCUUCUUGCUGAGGUCGGGGACCACUUAGCAGUGGCUGCUACCUGAAAACCACAGCCUUUUCUCUCCACAGGGUCAUUCACUUAACUGAUGUGUCUAGUCCUCUCCUGUACACACCCAGGCAUACCUAAGGCCACAGUCCCCUGCCAGGUUUGCUCAGGUGUUCUAGGCCUGAGCUCACCUCCAAUUUAGCAUGUACCUUUCCCUGCCUGAGCCUCAGUGUGUCCAUGUGGGUAAUGGAGGGUUGGAAGGCUGAAUGAUUUUUUUGGGGUGGGGGGGGCUGUAUGAUUUUUAAGGGCUCGGCCAGUCUGCGGUUCUGACACUGCCUUAUGGAGGUGGUGCUCUGUACCUGAAGGGUGACUUGCUCCAGGAAAAGCACUGGUGCAGCACCUCUUUUCCUUCCCUUCUGAAAUAUCUGGCUUACAAACUCUUUCUUCUUGGCAAAGGUGUGGAGUGGGGUCAGAGGCAGAUUCCUGCCCCCAAAUGGGCUCUCUGGUAUCCCCCUCUACUCCUACUGCCCCAUGCCCUGAUCUCUUCUGGUUGUACAUUUUAUUUUGAAGGAAAAUAAAUUUUUUUUUCUUUUUUGCCAAAA